UGUCCGGGGACUGUCCUCCCUCCGGGGUCUGGGGGCGGUGCACUCCGGGGUGUGUGGGGACGGUCCUCUCGCUGGCCGGGCUGCAGCGUGGAGGACCCGGCGGGGCGGCGGCCCCGCCCCGCGAUGCUUUUUCUUUGGGGAUCUCCAGGAGAGCCUUUAAAAAUAGCCUGGCUGACGUGUGAAGAGCGGCUUCUAUGGCAAGGGACGAGUGCCUGCUCUAGUGCAAGCUUGAGCGAGGAUUGAGCGAGAAGAAGGGGCCGAGGCCGCCCGCGGGGAGAAGCGUCAACGCCGCCGCCUGAAGUGGGGCAAAGGUCGCGCGUGGCACCCACCGCCUGCGGCGGCCCAGAGGCUCUGGUUCUUGUGCCGGAAGCAUUUUCACUCUCAACAUAAUAGGGAAAACAGAAUUUUCCAUAAAAGGAUUUUGUUUUUCCCUUGAAGACGGUACACUUACCGGGUCAUCUUUGGGCCUCCUCUUUCUUGAUAAAGAAACUCAAAACAGUGACCUCUUUCAUAUAUUCUAGUUAGCUCGUGUCAAAUGAGGCGUUUGACUCAUCAGCAUUUCGGUUAGGUUUGAAGCUGAUUGUUAGAUAACAGAUAACUGAUUUAUGGACACCUGAGUUCAGUCCGGAGCUAUGCCACCUCGGGGGUAUUGAGUUUCUGGCCUCAGGUUUAUCACCUCUUUGGGAGGAUGAAACUAGCACCUUGGAUGUAAUCCAUGACACCAAUUUGCGUUACAUUGUGAAAUCCGUCGACGACUUUUCUAAGACUUCAGACGAGGAAGAGACCCAUGCGAAUAAAAGAAUCGGGGAAACAUUCCAAGAAGAGGCCCAUCUUCAAGUUUAGGUGAGAUUUCAGUGCAGAACAGUUCCAUUUCCAAUGUCCUGACCUUUCACAGUAUCUGCAAGAGUCUUCAGAUGAACAAGGGAGAUGUGGGAAUUGGUAGAGGUGCUCUGAUUUGGGGGAACACAAGCCAACUUGGGGCCUUCAUACCAGUCUCAUCUACCAGUUGUAUCCUUUAAAAGGUCAGCUGCAUCAGAAAACGAGGAUGCAGCUCUGUCCCUGAGGUUGGCUUAAGUGCAAGUUGGCUUGAACCCAAGGAGGAGGUCACUGUAUACCCAUCUGGAAGCAGCCAUAAGGUACAUGGCUAAGCCCUGGACACCUGCCGCACCUUAUGCAGGAUUCCACAGUCCCCCCUGGUGAAUUCUUGAUGGAUUUCACUCCUGAUUGUUGGCAAUUCCUGGGCAGGAGAGAUGGCCCUGAUCAGGCUGGGGUUUGGAAGGCAGCAUCUUUGUCUGUUAAGGAGGAGGAGUUUAUUGCUGUUGAAACUCAUAGCCGUUGUCUUUGCUGUGCUUCUAUUCUGCGAAUUUUUAAUCUAUUACUUAGUGAUCUUUCGAUGCGAUUGGCCUGAGGUGAAAACUCCAGCCCACAACAGUGGACAAGAGACUCUGAAAGCCAUGUUUUUGGCUGAUACUCACUUGCUUGGGGAAAUUCGAGGCCAUUGGCUAGACAAAUUACGAAGGGAGUGGCAAAUGGAGAGAGCCUUCCAGACAGCUCUGUGGUUGUUGCAGCCAGAAGUCGUCUUCAUCCUAGGGGACAUCUUUGAUGAAGGGAAGUGGAGCUCCCCCCAGGCCUGGGCAGAUGAUGUGGAGCGGUUUCAGAAAAUAUUCAGACACCCACGUCAUGUGCUGCUGAAGGUGGUUGCUGGCAACCAUGACAUUGGCUUCCACUAUCAGAUGAGCACAUACAAAAUAAAACGAUUUGAGAAAGUUUUCAACCCUGAAAGGCUGUUUUCUUGGAAAGGAAUUAAUUUUGUGAUGGUCAACAGUGUUGCCCUGGAAGGGGACGGCUGCAACCUUUGCUCUGAAGCAGAAGCUGAAAUUAUCGAAAUUUCUCACAAACUGAAUUGCUCCCGAGAGCAGGAACAUCACUCCAGCAGGUGCAUAGAUGAGCAGCCGCUGCCGGCGUCAGCCCCGGUCCUUCUGCAGCAUUUCCCCCUUUACCGGAGAAGCGAUGCUAAUUGUUCCGGGGAUGACGCUGCACCUCUGGAAGAGCGGGACAUCCCCUUUAGGGAGAGAUACGAUGCACUUUCCCGGGAGGCCUCACAAAAGCUGCUCUGGUGGCUCCGGCCGCGGCUGGUCCUGAGCGGCCACACGCACAGCGCCUGCGAGGUGCUCCACGGGGCGGGGACCAUGGAGAUCAGCGUGCCGUCUUUCAGUUGGAGGAACAGAAACAACCCCAGUUUCAUCAUGGGCAUGUUGACCCCCACAGAGUACGCCCUUGCCAAGUGCUACCUCCCCUACGAGAACACCGUUCUGGCCACAUACUGUGUAGCAGUUGGGUUCCUUGCGGUCCUCAUGUUAGCUCACUUUAAGCUCCUAGCCUCGCCUCUUCUCUUUGGUUGGAACUUGCUCAGAAAACUUAAGACAACGUAAAGCGCAGGAGACGCUUUUGCAUUUCGUCACAAAUAACAAAGGCAGGAAAACUGAACUCUGGGUAGUGCUCAUGUGAGAAGGGGACAAAGGGGGUGGCGGUCUUUACACCCAUCACAGGAACUGUAAAUCACGGAUGCGAACUCCUGCAAGGAUAAAUAGUUGACUGUACUGUUCUCAUGCUAUAACAAUGGAACGUGUACUCUACAACAAGUCUGUUUUCUCAUUUUAUCAAAUAUAUGUAUAACCAAAGAUCGUGUCUGUACAAUAUGUAAAAGCUAUUAAAGUCUCACUUGCAUGCACUAUGCUGUCUGUCCUUCCCCGAGAUGGAGCCGGCACCUGGGAUUAUGUGCGCACAAACACUGGGCUUGCUUCUGUCCCCCUACGAAGUGGGCCUCAGACUCCUAUAUAUUAUAAAGCUAUGCACUUAAAAUAAAAGUACAGACGCCACAAGCAGGAAUAUAUUGUUGUCACAGACUUUUGUGCUUCUGUGCUCAUUAUGGAAUCAGAUUUUUAGCUAAGUGUAAUUUUCUCUCCAGCAGGCCAAGCUGUUAAAUCUGAAUUUAAUGUCUGUCCAUGAUCAAAAGAAACCUGACAAAGAGCUGGGAAGGGGCUUUUGGUACUUAAAAAUAAAUAUGUCUUGAUAAUUUGAAACCAGGUAAAACGUGUUCUUUUCCAAGAGUCCAACUCUGUGUUUGAAGAGGAAGUUGAGUUACUGCUGAGUGAUAACGUAUAUAACAGUAUGCAGCUUUUGCUUUUUGUGCAUAUGGGGGUGUGUGUGGCUCUUCGGUUCACAUUUUAUGUGGAAAGUGCAAUGGAAACACAGUAAUUUCUACUUUAUGUGUCUUUAUGUGUCUCAUUUCAGAUCAGGGUUUUAUGAAACAGGGAAGAGAGGUCCAGGAAUUUAGGGAUGCUGACAUAAACGGUGUGCUUCUUACACUGACUGUCUACAAAGUUAUCCUUUCAUUCAUGGAAAAGUAGUAUUUCAGUCUGGAUGCAUUUUUUUUUUUUUUUUUUUUAGUCUGGAUGCAUUUAUAAAGGAUUACAAAAUGCCUACUUAUAGAGUAAACUUGACAAUACUAAAGACUAAAAGGAAAUGAAGUCAUGUCAGCGAGGCUGUCACCUCUGGGUUUGUAUUGUUGAAAUCCACCUUUGGACAUCUUUGCAGAUUAUCUCGCACCUAAGGCAACGACCCUCAAAGUUGUGGCUGUGGGUAGAAUAUGAAGCAUCACUGCUAUCGCGAUUCUUGCUUUCUAGAUACUGCGCUGUACGAUAACUUCUGACGCUGCAUUUACAAACCUUUCGAGUGUGAGAAACAGCCAUAUAUUUUGACUUUGUCUUCCAAAUAAAGGUUGUGUAAUAUUUCUUCUUGAGAGCAGGCAAAUGGAGAUGCCAUCCUUUGACUCUCUUGGGCUGGACACGAACACAGACACCUCUGUCAUCUUCUUGCUCUUCGUUUACACUGGAAGCUGUGGCCCAAGUAAGUGGUUCGAAAACUUUGACUAAAGGGACUGGUUGACCUAUUUCCACUCAGGGAACUUGUAAAAAGUCUUUAAAUAGGAAAAUAAUCAAAAGACAUAUUGUCUGGAGAAAAAAAAAUCCUUGGUUCUUGAAAAGCUUGUGAUGUUGGUACAAAAUUAUUUGUAAGAGGUGAAUGAUUAAUGUGGAUAAUUUAUAUAUAUAUGCAUAUAUAUAUUUAAUCAAAGAUAUUUUUAAAAGCACUAACCUGAAGAAUAUCCUAAAUUCUACACACACCAUUCUCUUUUUUAGAGCAAGCAGCAGGUAAUGUUGACAUUUAGCGGUUCAGCAUGAUAAAAACACGUUUCUUUUACAGAUACAGCCUGAUCGAGGCACAAAGAUCUACAAGGAUUUUUGAGUAAUUAUAGAAAAUAAUAUUACAUUUUGUGGUCUGUACAGUUAUAAUAAACCAGCAGUAAAACAACAACAAGAAUAUAUGAAGGGAGACUCUUGUCCAAGCAUAUCACACUCUAGAGAAUCAUGUGUAGACAGGACACACUUUGCAGUGGUGAAUGUAGUGGGUUGUCUGCUCAGAGUAGUUCUAACUUAAUGCCUGAGGUUGGCAGCGACUCAGAUAUGAUUGAAACGGGUUUCUCUCCAUCCUGUGACUUGGGGUCUAGCCUCGCUCCUGGGCCAGUGCAGCUCGGGAGAGGUGGCCACUUGCCCACGCAUGUGGCUCACCGCCUCAUACCCCUGCCACUGCAAUCAUGCCUGAUAAGUCAGAAAAAAGUGUCAUUUCUCCCCCCUUUAUCAAGUUCCUGCCGAAUCAAGAAAUCACUGAAUGGAUGACUGAAAGGGGCCCUCACCCAGAGGGGUUUCACUGCAGCACCACCCAAGUAAGAGUGCUGGUUUGCAGCGACACAAAUUGGUGGGGUUGGGGAGGCUGUGGAAGGUUGUGUUCAGUGAAAACGAAAGCUACAAACCAAACCUGAGGGGAACAGAGGUAGCCAGAGGCUUGGUGGUCACACAGGUCAGAACAGGACAGGGCGGCAGCUGGAUGAAACCGGGAACUCCCUACUUUCUACCAUGGCUUGGGGCUGACAGACAAUCCUGGAAUAAAUGUUCCACCUGGUGGGGUGGCCAAGGGAGGAGAGGCAGGUGGAGAGAAGGUGCCAGAAGGCGCGCCCACCUGCCCCAGGGCUGCCUCACAAGAGUUCGUACUGUUUGAGGUGCAUCCUCUGGAUGAUGUCACGGCAGUCAUUGAACACUCUGCGAAUGUUCUCGGUGUCCACGGCACAGGUGAAGUGUGGGUAGCAGUAAUGUUUGCCGUCCCCUGUCGCUGUGCUGAUCCUC